UCACACCCCGCCUCUCUAUGGUUCCAGGAAGACUCCAGUUGCUUUUACUUUCGCUUCUCUCGGGCGGGUGGUUCUGUGUCUCGAUCCUUCGGGCCGGAAAUUUCUCCAAAUAACAACGGACCCGCCGGACAGAUCCUGUGGUACCGGGACCCUGAGCUUCCCUGUGCGCUUCUAGUCGGGAGAGGACGAUGUGGCCCCUCAGUGUUUCCCUCCUGUUCCUCCUGUCACUCUCCCUGUUCCACUAUUCACUCGCAGACUCGGUCUCGUCGGCGGUACUCGGCUCCAGCGCCAGGCUGCUCUGCCAGUUCACACCAGUAGUUGAUGCCAAGAAUGUGGAGAUCCGGUGGUUCACGCGCUCGUUCCGCCCCUACGUGCACCAGUAUAAGAACGGGGAGGACAAUUACAGGGAACAGAUGGAGGAAUUCCGGGGCCGGACCGAGUUCCUUAAACAAGACAUCACCCAGGGGGUCGGGACCCUAAUCAUCAGCAACGUCACCCUGGCCGACGAGGGGCGCUACAGCUGCUUCUAUGAGUUCGACAACCGCCAGGGGGAGGUGCACGUGGAGCUGAAGGUCGCAGCCAUGGGCCUGAACCCCCUCAUUUCCAUUGAAGAUUACCAGCAAGGGGAAAUAACCCUGAGGUGUGAGUCCAGCGGUUGGUAUCCGGCGCCGGCGGCCACGUGGCAGGAUGAGUCCGGUAACAACAUGAAGUCCUCAGUGGAGAUAAAUAAUAACGAAGAGACCGGUCUGUUCCACGUGAAAACGGCUCUGCGCGUAGCGAGCGACUCCGCGGUGUCCUGCCACGUGCGCAACGACCUGCUCGGCGCCGGCAAACAAUCUUCUGUCCAGUUUGCAGGUUCCUUUUACUGGAGAGUCGAUCGCAGUGGCAUCUCCCGCUUUAUCAUGAUGGCGGCCAGUCUGGUGGUGAUGGUGAUUGUCAUAAUCGUGACCCCCAUGAUAACUAUCCGCUUCCAGAGAAUAAAAAAACUUCAGUCUGAAAUCGGAUCCCUGAAAUCCCAAGUUUCAAAGUUUUGGGACCGAGUGGACGGCGCCUGGUGUAAAGUGGAUACACGUUUGGGCCAAGUCGGUGAGGACCGUAACAGAAUCAAUAUUAUGAAGAACUGUCUGUGUGCAAAUAAAGUGUCGGUGAUGCUGGACAGAGGGACGGCCCCCGCAGAGCUGCAGGUAGAAGAGAAUGGGAGGAGCGUUAAAAGGCCGACCCCACUGGACCCCAAACCUGAGAACUCGAAAGACGGGUUUGACUCUUGUGUGAUUGGGACAGUUGGAUUCACAUCGGGCAAACACUGCUGGGAGGUGGAAAUCCAGGACAGAUAUUGUAGCAUUGGGGUGGCACAGGGCCCCCAGCAGGGAGUGGUUGCCUUGCAGCUGUACGACUUGGGCCACAAGAUCCAUCUGGGCCUAGAGAGCGAUCAGACUUACCGGCUCUACGUGCUGCUGGACUAUGAGGGGGACAGUGUGACGGUAUUUAGGGCAGAUAUGAUCAAAUGGAUCACUGAGAAGAAAGAGUUCAAAGGUACCGUUUAUCCCUUCUUUGAGGUUCUGAGUAGCAACCCAAUUAGCCUGUCAGAGUAGUAACCCCUAGCAACCAAUGAGCAACAGGCUCUUGUCUGGCAACAGAAAUAUGACUUCAUUCUGAUUGGACUGGCAUUUGGACAUGUUCUAUAAUUGGUUUAAAAAGAAAGUACAUUCCCAUCCACAGUGAGGGAACGGGGGCUGCCAUUUUGUAUUGCUUGUGGGGAUGCACCGAAUCAGACCCAUUCCAGCCUUUUUUUGAUGGAUUUGGUUUCGGCUAAAUCCACAGGGUGGGUUCGGGGGUUCGGUGCAUCCCUAAUUGCUUGCCUCGCUGAGGCUCCUUGAAUCUCUGUUUAACCACUAGGGCAGUGAGUUGGGAUUGUGGGCAACCAAGGCAAACAAUAUGGCAGCUUCAACUCCCAUUGAGAAAGAAUGUUCUGCAUUCACAAAAGGGAAGCCUGUGGCUAAUGUGGGUUAGAGCCCGGGGCAUUUAGCCCAAAGGGACAUUUUCUUUUUUCUGUGACACCAGAUAGAGGGGCGGGGUUGGGGGGCGGGUUUGGGGUAGGGGUGGGGUUACAACCCCAGUGAAGUGGCAGUAAGUUUAAGGUUGAACAAAUACUCAAAAUAAUCAUUUUUACCUUAUGGUAUUGUAGUUUAUCAGUAGAUGGGGACUCUGGCCAAUCACAUUGCAGUCUUUUCCCAGACUGGUGAUGAUGUCACACACAAUGGCUGCUGCCUGUAAGUUUGUGAAUCUUAUUUCGCUAUUAGCUAGACAUGAACUAAAUGCACUUAGUAAGGCUUUGGGUUUUACCCCUCUAACUUGGGUUGAAAACUGUUCCUUAAACCUUAAAGGUCUAGUUCCCCUUGAACAUUUAUUAUUUUUCUAUCCUAUCUGAAUGAUUUCCCUUCCUCUUCUGCCUCUUCCGAUCAAUCCGGGGUCACUGACCCCGGCAGCCAAACGCCUAUCGCUCUGUGAGGCUCCAGUUUUAUUGCUAUUGUUACUUUUUUCCCCCUGUCUUUUCAGGCCUCUUGUUUUAAUUUCCAGCCUUUCAUUUACACCACGACCUCGUUGCUAGGUUAAAUUGGACCCUAGCAACGAGAUAGCUGCUAAAAUUCCAAAGUGCAGAGCUGCUGAAGAAAACGCUAAAUCAAUCAAAACCAUAAAAAAUAAAGCCCAGUUGCAAAUUGUCUCACAAUAUCGCCGUCUGCAGCAUACAAAUGGUUAAUUCAGUGAUAGGGCAAUUCAGUUAACUACCCCUUUAAUGUAACUAGUGCUAUUUGUUUCUUAAAGGAGAAGGAAAGGCAUUUUGGUAUUGAGUAACAGCCCUAGGAGCUCCCUCUGUUUGUUUAAGAUAGCAGCUGCCAUUUUAGCUUGGUCUGAUGUCACUUCCCUUUCCUCCUGCUUCGAGUCUCUGGCCGGAUCGUAACUCUGGGCUCAGAUUACAGCAGGGAGGAGAGGGGAAGAGGGGGAAGGGGGAAGGCGUUGAGAGAGGAAGUCUGAUACAGAAGCCGAUGUGUACAGAAUAGAAGGAAAGAAAUGCAGUGGUUAUUUUGACAGAGGACUCAGAGCAGCAAUACUGUGAGUGUUUAUUGGUGUAUUUACAGAGACCUUUCUGAUAAAGCUUACUGAGUUCUAACCAUUCCUUCUCCUUUAAUUGUUAAAUUAAACACAUUCGGGGGUAUAGUUAAUAAAUAGAAAGUGCCAAGCAAGUGGGGGGCAAUUAAACGCUUCCUUACACUGAAUCUGCCAUUGUUAUAUUACAUAUCUGAUAUUUCAGGACUCACUGAGUGCCACAUUAAUAUGACAGGCGGCCAGUAGAGGGAGCACAAAGAGACAUGGGUCAUAAUACUGGCCAAUAGGGAAGCAGCAGGGCAGGCAGUAAGGUAACACAGUGACACUAGUGGCCCCUGGAUUGUGCCUAGUGCCAGGGCAUCAUCAUAUCCGUGCCGUGGUGUUACUGUGCCCAUAGCCCAGUGGGUGGGUAUAUACAGUACGUGGUCUGCUCGGUAUGUGGGGUUUAUUUGCUCUGUGGGGCAGUUGGAUGGGAUUCUCUGAUUCUGCUUGUGUUUUGUUAUUAUUCAAUAAAGGUUUUUUUAUUUCUGA